ACGCCCCCAAAAUCAUAUCACCCAUCCUUUGCCAUAUGAUCUUAGCCCCUUUGACACCUCAAAAUUUCCAUCCUAUGGCAAAACCAGCAAAAAAUUAUGCUGCAGUCCAGCAGUACAAGAUUCAUUUUGCUAGCUCUUCAUAGCCCUACCUCCUCUAAAACAACAGGCAGCUAGCCUUUUUUACCAGGAACUGUCACAGCCACCUAACGUGGUAUAGAAACAAUGAAAGAACUUUCUUCUCUCCUUUUGCCUCCUUACUAUUCAGACUUCAAUCCCAUCAAAGCUUUUUCCUUAUUUUCUUACAUCUGCAGGAAAAGAAGCUAAUCUAGAUUUAGUGAUCACACAUUCCAAGCUCUUCUUUUAAUGACCAGUCCCAGAAAAUCAGGAAAUUAAGUCCAUGCUACUACAUUUUCAAGCCCCAGAAUAUCAGAGAAAACCAGACUACUACUGCUACAUUUUAACCAAUGUCUUCUAAACCAACCUCAUCACAUCACAUGGGCUCCUCCCUCUUCUCUCUCACCUUGAUCAUAAUCCUUUCAUGGGCAUCAUUAGCAUCAAAAAAAGCUGAGGCUCAAGGAAUCAAAUCAGCUCAUCUUCUUGAUCUUUACAUCAGAGAUUACACGUUUAAGUCCUACAACCAACACUACAAGACUGGAAUACUGCACACUGUACAUUUACCGGCAAACUUCUCCGGCAUCAGGGUCGACAUGGUGAGAUUCAGAUGUGGGAGCCUCCAUAGAUAUGGUGCACAGGUUAGGGAAUUUCAUCUGGAUGUUGGUGUGACUGUGCAUCCAUGUGUGGAGAGAGUCAUGUUAGUUAGACAAAACUUGGGAUCUCAUUGGUCUUCCUUAUACUAUGCUAAUUAUGAUCUAUCAGGAUACCAGCUUGUGUCUCCUGUUCUUGGCCUUCUAGCUUAUGAUGCUGGAACAAAUGUGAAUUUCAGCAACUCUUUUGAGCUUGGAAUUCUUGCAGGAGAAAAACCCAUCAGAGUAGACUUCAGCAACACUACAAAGGUCAGCAAUAUGCAGGGAAUUAUGCCAUAUUGUGCUAGUUUUGAGAGUGAUGGAAAAGUCACACUAGCAAAUCAGGUAUCACCUUAUGUCUGUGUAGCAACCAGGCAUGGCCAUUUUGGAUUGGUCGUUGAGACCCCCGGACCGGGGCAGUUGAGUAGAAAGAUUAGCCGGUGGAAAGUGGUGGUCGGAAGUUCGGUCGGGGCGACAUUGGGUGUUUUUCUUCUGGGUUUGCUUCUGGUGGCAUUGUUUGUCAAGGUGAAGAAGAAGUCGAGAAUGCAAGAGAUGGAGAGAAGGGCCUAUGAAGAAGAAGCUUUACAGGUUUCCAUGGUUGGACAUGUGAGAGCUCCUACAGCAUCUGUUACUCGAACAUUGCCUGCAAUUGAGCAUGAGUACGUACCUCCUCCUAAUGGGAUUGUCCAUUUGUGUUUGUGAUUAUUCUUUUGUAAGAUUAGCUGGAAAAGAAAAAGAUAUUGGCUCUGAGAUAAAAACAAAUUCAAGCAUAGGUUCCACAUAUUGGGAGAGGGACAAAUCUGUUUGUCAGCACUGAUGAUUCAUUAUUCUUUUUUCUUCAAUUCGAAAAAAUUAAGGAUGUUGUUGUAGCUAGAAUUUUUUUUUUUUACUAUUAGGAGCUGGAUGUUCCAAACCGAAUGCAUUUCAGAAAACAAAUUUCGAUCA